AAUAAUAAUAAUAAUAAUAAUAAUAAUAAUAAUAAUAAUAAUAAUAAUAAUAAUAAUAAUAAUAAUAAUAAUAAUAAUAAUAAUAAUAAUAAUAAUAAUAAUAAUAAUAAUAAUAAUAAUAAUAAUAAUAAUAAUAAUAAUAAUAAUAAUAAUAAUAAUAAUAAUAAUAAUAAUAAUAAUAAUAAUAAUAAUAAUAAUAAUAAUAAUAAUAAUAAUAAUAAUAAUAAUAAUAAUAAUAAUAAUAAUAAUAAUAAUAAUAAUAAUAAUAAUAAUAAUAAUAAUAAUAAUAAUAAUAAUAAUAAUAAUAAUAAUAAUAAUAAUAAUAAUAAUAAUAAUAAUAAUAAUAAUAAUAAUAAUAAUAAUAAUAAUAAUAAUAAUAAUAAUAAUAAUAAUAAUAAUAAUAAUAAUAAUAAUAAUAAUAAUAAUAAUAAUAAUAAUAAUAAUAAUAAUAAUAAUAAUAAUAAUAAUAAUAAUAAUAAUAAUAAUAAUAAUAAUAAUAAUAAUAAUAAUAAUAAUAAUAAUAAUAAUAAUAAUAAUAAUAAUAAUAAUAAUAAUAAUAAUAAUAAUAAUAAUAAUAAUAAUAAUAAUAAUAAUAAUAAUAAUAAUAAUAAUAAUAAUAAUAAUAAUAAUAAUAAUAAUAAUAAUAAUAAUAAUAAUAAUAAUAAUAAUAAUAAUAAUAAUAAUAAUAAUAAUAAUAAUAAUAAUAAUAAUAAUAAUAAUAAUAAUAAUAAUAAUAAUAAUAAUAAUAAUAAUAAUAAUAAUAAUAAACCAUUUUGUCGACAACAUCGCAACGACAAUGCUGAU